ACCUCACCAUUACCACCAUUACCACCACUGCCACCACCAACCGCCGAACACUGCCCAUCAAUGACCUCCGAAGACCCGGCCAGCAACCCGCGCGUCGGCGUCGGCGCCGUCAUCCGUCACCCCACCACCGGCAAGCUCCUCGUCGGACAACGCCUCAGCAGCCACGGCCACGGCACCUGGCAGUUCCCCGGCGGUCACCUCGAGUACGCCGAGUCCAUCUUCACCUGCGCCGAGCGCGAAACUCUCGAGGAGACGGGCCUUGUCGUCAGAGCCACCCGGCUCGCCGCUGUCACGAACUCUGUCUUUUCCGACGCCGGCAAGCACUACAUUACCCUGUUCGUCCUCUGCGAGCCCGUCGACCCCUCUGCCGAACCGCAGGCCUUAGAGCCCGACAAGGCUGGCGACUGGCAGUGGAUGGAGUGGUCCACCAUCCGCGACUGGGUUCGCCACCACGACAAUGAUGGUGAUGAUUGGCCCGCCAAGCGUCUGUUUUUGCCCAUCCGCGAACUGGUUAACGGGAAGGAGAACGAGACGGCCUUUACGGGAUUCUAGACUUGCAUGGCUGAAAUGAGUACUCCAUUAGCCAAGACGGCCCCCUCUCCAAAGCCGCAUAGAUACAUUUAGACUUGUUUUCCCUCCUUAAAGCAAACCCCCUCCUUUCUUUUUUUUCUUUUUUCCUUUCGGAAUUCAAACCACUCAUGACAAUUUUACUUGCAUCAAGUCCCUCACCCGGUUGCGGUUAGGUAACCACGAGCUGUAAUACUAAUAUCAUCUAGCUCGCGAGCCCCCCUACCCCUUCAAAUCGCCGUAAGCUGGGGUGG